AUGAGCCUGAUGCUGGAGACGCUGCUGGGCCCCCCGGGGGGGCUCCGCAAGGAGCCGGGCCGUGCUCCCCCGCGCUCCGCAGCCUCCAGCGGCUUCUACUCGUGGCCAGCCCCGGUGGUCGGACGGGCACGGGGCGUGGGGGGCGGCGGCGGCAGCGCGGCCGCGUCCUCCACCGAGAGCCUGGACUCGCUGAACGGCGAACCGCGGGCACGCAACGAGAAGGAGCUGCUGCAGGUGCUGAACGACCGCUUCGCCGGCUACAUCGAGCGGGUGCGGGCGCUGGAGCAGCAGAACCGGGCGCUGGCAGCCGAGGCGGCGGCGCUGCGGCAGCAGCAGGCGGGGCGCUCGGCCAUGGGCGAGCUGUACGCGCGGGAGCUGCGGGACAUGCGGGGCACCGUGCUGCGCCUGGGCGCCGAGAAGGGGCAGCUGCGGCUGGAGCGAGCGCGCCUGGCCGAGGACGUGGCGGUGCUUCGGGGAAGGCUGGAGGAUGAGGCUCGGCAGCGCUCGGAGCUGGAGGCGGCGGCCCGCGGGCUGGCGCAGCGCUCCGCGCAGGAGGAGCGAGCGCGGGCGCCGCUGGAGGAGCGAGCCCGGGCUCUGCGGGAGGAGGCGGAGCAGCUGCGGAGGCAGCACCGCGCCGAGGUGGGAGCGCUGCUGCGGGGGGCGCGCCCCGAGCUGCCCGUGGAGCCCCCCGCGUCCCUGCGCCCCGGUGUCACCGCCGCGCUCCGCGACCUGCGCGCACAGCUGGAGGGCACGGCGGCCCGCAGCACCCUGCAGGCCGAGGAGUGGUUCCGCGUGAGGCUGGACAAGCUCUCGGAGGUGGCCAAGGUGAACACGGAUGCCAUGCGCUUGGCCCAGGAGGAGAUCUCUGAGUACCGCCGGCAGCUCCAGGCCAAGACCACCGAGCUGGAAGCCCUCAAAGGGACCCAGGAGUCGCUGGAGAGGCAGAGGCAGGACUCGGAGGAGCGCCAUCAUGCAGACGUCCUGUCCUACCAGGAAACAAUCCAGCAGCUUGACAGUGAGCUGAGGAACACCAAAUGGGAGAUGGCAGCUCAGCUCCGGGAGUACCAGGAUCUGCUCAACGUCAAAAUGGCUCUGGACAUCGAAAUUGCUGCUUACAGGAAGCUCCUGGAAGGAGAGGAAUAUCGGCUCGAGACUGGCAUUGGGAUGCUCUCCUACCCCGAGGUGAUCCCCAAGCCUCCCAGCAUCACCACCAGCAUCAAGGUGAAGAGCGAGGAAAAGAUCAAGGUGGUGGAAAAGUCAGAGAAGGAGACAGUGAUUGUGGAGGAGCAGACGGAGGAAAUCCAGGUGACUGAGGAGGUCACAGAGGAGGAGGAGACUGAGAAAGAGACUGAAGAGGAAAAAGCUGAAGAGAAGGAGGAGGAGGAGGGGGAGGAAGAAGAGGAGAAAGCUGAAGAAGAGGGUGAAGAAAAGGCCAAGUCCCCCUCCAAGGAGGAGGCUGAGUCCCCCUCCAAGGAGGAGGCUGAGUCCCCCUCCAAGGAGGAGGCUGAGUCCCCCUCCAAGGAGGAGGCCAAGACCCCAGCCAUCAAAUCCCCUGAAAAGCCCCCAACCCCCUCAAAGGAGGGGGCCAAGACCCCAGUUGUGAAAUCCCCAGAAAAACCUGCAACCCCCUCAAAGGAGGAGGCCAAGAGCCCAGCUGUGAAGUCCCCAGAGAAAGUCCCAACACCCUCAAAGGAAGAAGCCAAGACUCCAGCUGUCAAAUCCCCUGAAAAGCCAUCAACACCCUCAAAAGAGGAGGCCAAGACCCUGACAGUGAAGUCCCCAGAGAAACCCACAUCUCCCUCAAAGGAUGAGGCCAAGACCCCAACAGUGAAAUCCCCAGAGAAACCCCCAGCCUCCUCCAAGGAGGCCAAGAGCCCAGCUGUGAAGUCCCCAGAGCCACCUGCAACUCCCUCAAAAGAGGAAGCCAAACCCCCAUCUGUCAAAUCCCCAGAGAAGCCCCCAGCCCCCUCAAAGGAGGAGGCCAAGCCCCUGGUUGUGAAGUCCCCAGAGAAAGUCAAAUCUCCCAUGAAGGAGGAGGCCAAGUCUCCACAGAAGGAAGUGGCCCCGGCCAAGGAGCCAAGCCCUGCUCCAAAGGAGCCAAAGGCCCCUGCCAAAGAGGAGCAGCCCAAGGAAGUGAAGGCUCCCGCCAAGCCUGAGGAAGGUAAGAAGGAGGAAGCUCCCAAGAAGGACGUUCCGGCCAAGACAGAGGAGAAACGCAAAGAGAAAGCGGCUGCUGUGCCAGAGCCUCCAGCUCCACAGGCCAAAGAGACCAAGCCAAGCCCUAAACCCACCGAAGAGGGAAAAGCUGAGGAAGCUCCAACAAAACCUCAGCAAGAGGUCAGCAAAGCAGCCACCAAAGAGGCUGAGAAGCCAAAGGCUGAGGAGAAGGUGGAGGAGCCCAAGAAAGAAAAGGUAGAGGAACCCAAGAAGGAGAAGGCAGAAGAGCCCAAGAAAGAAAAGGUAGAGGAAUCCAAGAAGGAGAAGGCAGAGGAGCCCAAGAAAGUGGAGGAACCCAAAGUUAAAGCAAAACCCAAAGAUGAGCCCAAAGCCAGUAAGGAACCCCCCAAAGUCGAGGCUCCCUCCAGCAAGGAGGGCACGGCCCCAGAGCCAGGGAAGAAGUGA